AUGCAAGCCAAGAGAAGGUAUUUAUUAGUUUUUGUAGUAGCCUUUUUAACUUUUUGGUACUUUGGUGGAUAUCGUUUACGACGCAUUCAAGAAGGACAUAUAAAUAUAGAUAAUUUGCCUAACUAUAUUAGUAUGAAUGUUAUAGAUACAGGAUACUUGGUUAGGGGAAGAGAAAGAUUUUCUGAUGGUGCUAAAAACUGUAGAAUGGAAACAUGCUUUGAUCUUAGUAAAUGUCAGAAAGAUUUCAAGGUAUAUGUGUAUCCUCAGGAGGACAGUAGUGUGCCUAGUCCGUCCUAUCUAAAACUGCUCAAUGUCCUACUAGAAUCUAGAUAUUAUACCACUGUUCCCAGAGAAGCUUGCAUUUUUGUACUGAGCAUUGAUACCUUAGACCGUGAUCGCUUGAGCAAUGAUUAUGUUCGCAACAUGCAGAAUAGAUUACUAAGGUUACCUCAUUGGAAUGGUGGUCUCAAUCAUGUUAUCUUCAAUUUAUAUUCUGGGACUUGGCCAAACUAUACUGAAAAUGAUCUAGAUUUUGACUAUGGGAAGGCUAUUCUUGCUAAAGCUAGUAUGUCUGAAAAUCAUGUACGGGUAGGAUUUGAUAUAAGUAUUCCUCUAUUUCAUAAGAUUCACCCUGCCAAAGGUGGAGAACCUGGAGCUACUUCUGCCAAUAACUAUCCUCUAGAGAAAACUUAUCUUCUUGCAUUUAAAGGGAAAAGAUAUGUACAUGGUAUCGGCUCAGAUACUAGAAAUUCAUUAUAUCAUUUACACAAUAAAAGAGACAUAAUCAUGGUCACCACAUGUAGACAUGGGAAAAGUUGGAAGGAUAUGAAGGAUGAGAGAUGUGACGAAGAUAACAAGGAAUAUGACAAGUACGAUUAUGAAACAUUACUACAAAAUUCCACAUUUUGCUUAGUUCCUCGAGGUAGAAGGUUGGGUUCUUUCCGAUUUUUGGAAGCUCUUCAAGCAGGUUGCAUUCCUGUUCUACUCUCAAACAGUUGGGCAUUGCCUUUCUCUCAAGUUGUGGACUGGAAUAAAGCUGUGGUUUGGGCAGAUGAAAGGCUUCUAUUGCAGGUACCUCAUAUAAUCCGUUCCCUAUCUCCAAGGAAAAUCUUGCAACUUCGCCAACAGACACAGGUUCUCUAUGAUAGAUACUUUUCUUCCAUAGAAAAAAUAGUGUAUACUACCUUAGAAAUAAUUCGUGAAAGACUUCCCAAACAGCCAAUUAGAGAUGGUAUGUCAUGGAAUAACUUUCCUGGAGCCUUAGUGAUGCUGUCAACAUUUUCUGAUUUUUCUGAUGAUUUUCCCUUUCACAUAGAAAAAGAUGAGAGAAUGGGAUUUACGGCAGUGAUAUACUGUCAAUUAGGAGUGCCAUUAGCUUCAAAUUCUCCUCUGUACAGGUUAGUAACAAAUGUGGGACGAAGCAAGUAUAUAGCAAAAAUAUUAAUAGUUUGGUCAAGUGAAAAGCGUCCAGCUAAUAGAAAUAGGUGGCCUGGGUUACCUUUACACGUUCCGUUACAUAUAGUCCAGCCGAAUGUGAAUUCCAAUGUAGGAAAUGAAGUCAAAUCCAGUAUAUCACAGAGAUUUUUCACUCAUAAGGAAAUUGAAACUGAAGCAAUAUUAUCUUUAGAUGAAGACACAGUUCUUACUACAGAGGAAAUUGAUUUUGCGUUCAUUGUAUGGAAACAAUUUCCUGAUCGGAUUGUAGGAUAUCCAGGAAGAUCCCACUAUUGGGACGAUUCUAAAUCAACUUGGGGCUAUACUUCUAAAUGGACCAACGAUUAUUCCAUCGUAUUAACAGGAGCUGCCUUUUACCAUAGAUACUACAAUUAUCUAUACACAGAAUGGCUAAGCCCGUUGUUACACAAAACCGUAGAGCAGAGUCAGAAUUGCGAAGAUAUACUGAUGAACUUUUUAGUUAGUCAUGUCACACGAAGACCUCCAAUAAAAGUUACCCAAAGGAAACAAUACAAAGAACAACCUAGUGCAGGUAGUUGGUCACCUUGGAACGACCCGGAUCAUUUCAUCCAAAGGCAGACUUGCUUAAACACCUUUGCUGCUGUUUUUGGUUACAUGCCACUGCUCAGAUCAAACUUAAGGUUAGAUCCAGUUCUUUUUAAAGACCCUGUUUCUAAUAAAAGGAAAAAGUAUCGUAGGAUUGAACUUGUGGGGAGUUAG